GCCUCUACGCGGCGGACCGGGCAGUGUGAUAAAACACGUCCUCAAAAAAUUCCCCGAAAUUUUCUUUUGCUCUGAAAAGUGUGAAAAACCGAGGAAAACUCAUUGGAAAUUGCGUGAAUUUGUAGAGUGAAGCUUGUAGUGUGAAAAAUGAGUGAAACUGAGAGUUCCCCGUCGGCGUAUGCGGAGUUUGUGAAGCCGCAGCUGCAGUACAACGAAGAAGGAUGGGGCCCAUGUGAGAAAAUUGACUUUAGCGGAAUGCCGUAUCAGCCCUUCAGCAAGAGCGACCGUAUGGGCAAGAUUAGUGACUGGACUGGGACAGCCACGGUGGAUAAGAAGUUCCCAAACAAGUACGCGAGCCAGUUUGGAACCGGAAGUCAGUAUGCAUACUACCAUGAUGAAGAUGAGACAACUUUCCAUUUGGUGGACACGACACGCGUGCAAAAACUCCCAUAUCAGCGUGGGCGCUUCCGUGGCAAUAUGAGGAACAUGAGGGGUCGCGGUGGACGUGGUGGAGCCCAUAGUGGCUUCCAGACUCUGGGCAAGAGUGUCAAAAUGCGAGAUCAACGUCGUGGCACUACAGGACGCAAAUGGGGCGUACGUGGGCCUCCACCCAAGAUUCGCGAUGCUUCCGUCACCGUACGUCCGGACUGGUCGACAAUUGAGGAAAUGGACUUUCCACGUCUCACCAAGCUCUCUCUUCCGGGAGUCAAAGAGGGCGAGGACAUUACAUGCUGCGGAACACUCGAAUAUUACGACAAGACCUACGAUCGUAUUAAUGUGAAGAACGAGAAGCCCCUUCAGCGUGUGGAUCGCAUCUUCCACACUGUGACCACCACAGAUGACCCCAUUAUUCGUUCCCUCAGCAAGUCCGUGGGGAAUGUGUACGCCACGGAUUCCAUUCUGGCCACUAUUAUGUGCUGCACGCGUUCCAACUACUCCUGGGACAUUGUUAUCGAUAAGAUUCAGGAUAAACUCUUCAUGGAUAAGCGCGACAAUACGGAAUUUGAUUUGCUCACGGUGAAUGAGACAAGCGUGGAGCCGCCGCAGGACGACGGGAAUUCCCUCAACUCUCCGCGUAAUCUCGCUAUUGAAGCUACUUUCAUUAAUCACAACUUCAGUCAGCAGGUACUGAAAAGUGGCCCGAAUGAGAGUAAAUUCAAGUUUCCGGAGCCAAAUCCAUUCAUUGGGGAUGAGGAGGAGGGUGAAGUUGCCAGUGUAGCUUACCGAUAUCGCAAAUGGGACUUGCACAACGGCAUCGUCCUCGUAGCUCGUUGUGAGCACGAUGCCGUGGUGCAUACACCCAGUGGGGAUCAUCAGUUUCUCACGGUGAAGGCACUCAAUGAGUGGGAUUCAAAGCUGGCGAAUGGCGUGGAGUGGCGUCAGAAGCUCGAUACCCAGCGCGGUGGUGUCCUGGCCAAUGAAUUGCGCAACAAUGCCUGUAAGCUGGCCAAGUGGACAGUCCAGGCCCUCCUGGCGGGCUCAGAUCAAAUCAAGUUCGGCUACGUGUCCCGAGCUCACGUGAAGGAUUCCUCGCGGCAUGUUAUUCUGGGUACGCAGCAGUUCCGACCCAAUGAGUUCGCCACGCAAAUCAACUUGAGCAUGGAUAAUGCCUGGGGGAUCCUCAGGUGCAUCAUUGAUUUGCUAAUGAAGCAAAAGGACGGCAAGUAUUUGAUCAUGAAGGAUCCCAACAAGCCCAUGAUCCGCCUCUACGAUAUCCCGGAGAAUACAUUCGAGACGGAUGGAUCUGAAGAGUCGGGUGAUGAGGGGGAAACCUUCCAGCCCCUUUAUUCGUACGCCGGAAACGGAAAUAAGAAAAAUUAAUUCUUUCUAGAUUUUUUGCAACUUUUUUUUUUAGACAUUGCAUAAAAUUUUAAUAAAUUGUGUAUUUUUUUUCUUUAGAAUUUUUGUGGAAUAAUAAAGUUCUCGUGGAAAGAGGAAA